GCCUAUAUGGUUCAAUGUUCAUAUGUAAUUUGUAUGAUGAUAACAUGAAUUAUCUAUAAUCCAAUAUAUGUACACCAUGAGGUGGGAGACACCGUCAUGUAGCAGAAUUUAAUGUUGCAAAUACAUGCAUUCUUGUACAUGCACACCGACUAAUCAAUAUAGCGAAUUGGAUAAUCACAACCCGACCAUCAACUUCUUUAUUAUUAUUAUUAUUAUAGUUUUUUUGGAGAGAAAAUUAAACCACUUGAAGGGACGGCUGGAAGCUCCUCCAACUAGCAAAAUCCUAACUGGCUUCUGUUCACUUCUGGUUUUGGAAGCUUUCCCCAAUCAGAAAACCGAAAUAAGAAUAUUAUUCGGCUUAAAUAUGUUACCAGAAGAUGUUGUUUCAGCAAUUCUGUCGCUCACAUCUCCAUUGGAUGUCUGCGCUUUUUCUUUGGUGUCAUCCACUUUCCGAUCAGCAGCAGAGUUUGAUGUUAUCUGGGAGAGAUUUUUGCCAUCAGAUUAUCAGCAAUUGCUCUCCAGAUUGGAUUUACCUUUGAAAUUUUCCACCAAAAAAGAGCUUUUCUUUCAUCUCUGCAAUUCUGUUCUCAUAGAUGGAGGUAGAAAGAGCUUCAGAAUAGAGAAAUCAUCUGGCAGAAAAUCUUAUCUACUUUCUGCAAGAGAGCUAUCAAUAACAUGGGGCAGCGACCCGAUGCAUUGGAGCUGGAAAAAGAUGGCUGAAUCAAGGUUUCCAGAGGCAGUUGAACUGAUAACAAUCAGCUGGUUAGAAAUUCACGGGAAGAUUACCACCCAAAUGCUUUCCAAAAACUCAAAAUAUGGAGCUUAUCUUGUAAUGAACAUUUCCAGACGUGCAUAUGGGCUAGAUACUAUACCAUCUGAAGUUUCAGUUAAAGUUAGAGACCGAGUGAGUAAUGGAAUGGCUUAUAUAUGCAGACAGGACAUCAAGAAGCUAAAAAUGGACAGCUAUUGCGUGCAAAGAGAACAGUUUCCGAAUGAAAGAGAAGACGGGUGGAUGGAGAUUAAACUUGGAGAGUUCUUCACAGGUGAAGAUGAUGAGGAGGUGAAAAUGAGUUUAAUGGAAAUUAAGGGUUACCAGCUAAAAGGAGGACUUGUUAUUGAGGGCAUUGAAGUUAGGCCUAUCUAGUUAUUAAACAGCGAAGGAAUUGGAAAUGAGGAACUUUCAAUUGGGUUUAGGUCACUUUCUUCAAGGAUGCUAGAAAAAAGGAACAAUAUAUUUACAAAAGUGCACAUGCCAAAGGAAAAUAUAUAAUAAAGGGUUUUUGUUUAUUCUUUCCUUUUCACUUUCUGGAUGUAAUAUUUGUAGCUAUAUAAUUUUUCAUUCUUUUA